CCCAACGCCCCCUGGGGGGCUGUACCGCCCCCGUCGACAAGCACUACUGUAGUAGAAAAGGAACUUUCCCAACCCUGAAGUUCCAUCCAAGCUGCUGCUGCUGCUGCUGUUAUUACACCUGGCCAGUAGAGGGCAGCAGUACUCCAUGAAUACAACACGCCACUCCCCAUCCAGGAAGUCUGGAGCACCACAGGUAAACAAAACCUACUGAGCUGCACCUGAGGAGCUGUGUUGUCGUCUUAGUCCACUUAUCGCUGAAUACUUUACAAAAUGGCUGCAGCAAUGGGAAGUAAUGAGGACAUUUUCAUGUGUCCUAUUUGUUUGGACUUUCUAAAGGAUCCGGUGGCUCUUAACUGUGGACACAACUACUGUUUGGGCUGUAUUGAGGACUGCUGGAAUGAGGAAGAUGUGAAGGGCGUUUACAGCUGUCCCCAAUGCAGACAGACUUUCACCCAAAGACCUGUUUUAAAGAAGAAUAUUAUUAUUGCUGAGCUUGUGGAUCAAAUGAGGAAGAGCAGAAUACAAACUGCAGCUGCUGUUGAAUGUGCUGCUGGACCUGGAGAUGUGGCCUGUGACGUCUGCACCGGUAGAAAACUCAAAGCUGUCAAGUCCUGUCUGGAGUGUUUGGUAUCGUACUGUGACACUCAUUUGAAAGUUCAUGAUGCAGUUCAUCCAGGUAGAAAUCACAACAUGGUCGAUGCCACGGGCCAGCUACAGGAGAGGAUCUGUCCCCGUCAUAAGAAGCCUUUUGAAGUAUUCUGUCGCACUGACCAGAGAUGCAUCUGUCUUCUGUGUAUGGUGGACAAUCAUAAAGGCCACGACGUGAACGCGACUGCGACAGAAUGGAGUCAUAAAAAGGAGGGGUUGGGGCAGAGCCAGAGGAGAUGCCAGCAGAUAAUCCAGUCGAAGGAGAAGGAGCUGCAGGAGCUGAGGAAGGCUGUGGAGACUCUCAAGUCUGGUGCACAGACAGCAGUGGAGGAGAGUGAGAGGAUGUUUACUGAGAUGAUCCGCUCCAUUGAGAGAAGGCGCUCUGAGGUGACAGAGCUGAUCAGAGCUCAGGAGAAGGCUGAGGUGAGUCGAGCUGAAGGACUCCUGAAGCGACUGGAGCAGGAGAUUGCUGAGCUGAAGAGGACAGAUGCUGAGAUGAAGCAGCUUUCACUGACACAGGAUCCCAUCCACUUCCUCAAGAACAUUGUCUCCAUAACUGGGAGACCUUACAGCACAAUUUCAACCAGUGUGACCUUCAGCCAAAGCUUCUCCUUGGAGCCCCUGAAGAAAUCUGUGUCUGCAUUGAAGACGCAGCUGGAGGAGAAACUGGAGUCAGUCUUCAAGCAGGAAAUAGUCAAGAUAUCUGCAGCAGCUGUGGCACACAUGCAGAUCAUUCGGAGCACACACGAUACUGAUCCUGAACUUCCAAUCAGAAGAGCAGACAGUAAGGAGGGCCUACAUCCAACCAUCUAA